GCUGCACACCCACAUUACUUUUGUGUCAACCACUUCGCGGGAGUUGUCGCAACAGGAGAGGUCGUCUCUUAAUAACUAAAAAAAAAAAAAAACACUACCCGGGAGACCAGUAGGGCAACCAUGUCUGACAGGAAGGCAGUGAUCAAAAAUGCCGACAUGUCGGAGGACAUGCAGCAGGAUGCCGUGGAGUGUGCCACUCAGGCGCUGGAGAAGUUCAACAUCGAGAAAGAUAUCGCUGCGUACAUCAAAAAGGAGUUUGACAAGAAAUAUAACCCGACCUGGCACUGCAUCGUUGGAAGAAACUUUGGCAGUUAUGUGACUCAUGAGACCAAGCAUUUCAUUUACUUUUAUUUGGGUCAGGUGGCCAUUCUGUUGUUCAAGUCUGGCUGAGAGAACACAUUUUCUCCACAUUGGCUGACCAUACAUACAGUACUGACUGACUCGACAAAGGCACUUAUCAUUCCUUGGCAAGGGGCCGCUGCCUUUUUCUGUGCUGCUUUCUACUUUGUUUUUGAGUAUAAAAAACCGUGGCCAUGUUAAAGAGAUGAAACACUUGUAUUUAUUUUUGUCUUGUUACAUUAGACAUGUCAUUUUUUUAAUUAAAGCAUAGCUUUUAAGCUGUCUGGG